AUGAGAAUGCGAAGGUCACUGCAGUUGAGAUGGGUGGGGGAACUGCUCCACAAAGAAGUUAAAGAUAAAUUGGCAGCAGGCAUCACCCUACAUGACGAAAACCUUCGUUACAUGGCGAUUGACUUCCGUGAGGAGAUCGAGCUCGAGGCAGCGCAGUUCGUAAGCGUCGUCAGAAGGGAAAUGGCAAGCAGGACACUGGCUUGCUUUUGCAACGGCGACCAGUCGGGCUUUGUCAAGGAGAUGACAACAGCGAGGUCACUGGCACCCAUUGAACGGAUCGUUGAGAACAGGGCGGCUAUGACGCACUCCUACACUGUCCUUCCACUUCUUUAUGCUGACGGCAGACUAGGAGAGAAACUGAGAAGGGAGGAGCGUUUCCGCGCCAUGGGCACUUUGAGGCAGGCUAACCUUGUGGUUAGAGCGAAUACUACGCAUAUUAUGACGAAGGAGCUUAUGGUCGAUUGGAUCAGAACGUGUCUAUGCAACGCCAGCGGUACCCCGGAAAUUCACCUUAUUGUGGACUCCUGGUCGCCCUUCCGUGAUAUCAACACCAUGGAGGAAGCCGCACCUGAA